AUGGUCGAUAUAUAUCAUCUCCGAGACCAAUUCAGGCUGAUCUGGAAUAAUUGGCGAAGUGUUCACGAUGACAACGUCAAAUGUGAUGAAUCGCGGCCGAUUCAAGUCCGCUUAGUCAUCACUUCCCAAAUCUCACCACCAAUCAACAACACGUCGGCCACAGCUUUCCAAUCCUCUCCUUGUCGACACUGCGGACAUCUGGACGCAGAGAUGUUCGGUGAUGACUUUCAAAUAUCGCGACUCGCGGUUCCAGCCGUCAGCAUUUUGAUCGCCUUUCUAGCGUAUACCUCACAGUAUUUCUUCCUCCAUUUCGAAUCCGUGCCUCUCCGGAAGGAUGAAGUCUGGAAGAUCAACAUCUUUGCCCUGUGUAUCUGGGUCUCUUAUUUCAGAUCUUGCUAUGUAGAUCCUGGCCGGCUUCCUGCAAGCCAGAAGACUGCCAAUUCCAGCCCAGAGGAGAAGGCCAAGGCCACCCGGCGUCAGCGAUGGUGCCGUAGAUGUGAGGCAUACAAGCCACCACGGGCGCAUCAUUGCAAGACCUGCCAAAGAUGCAUUCCCAAGAUGGACCACCACUGCCCAUGGACAUCGAACUGUGUAUCACAUUUUACCUUCCCGCACUUUUUCCGCUUCUUGUUCUUUGCCGUUGUCGGCAUGGGCUACCUCGAAACUUUGAUCUGGGAACGGGGAUCUGUUGUUUGGGGUAGUCGAAAUCUGCCUAGUUAUCUUGGUCCCAGUCUUGGACAACUUUGUCACCUGUUUCUACUUUUCGUUGUGAACAGUGUCACAGUUUUUGCCCUGUUCAUCCUUCUUGUGCGAGUCCUGUAUUCGGUCUUGUUCAACAUCACAACGAUUGAAUCAUGGGAAAUAGAGAGACACGAGACCCUUGUGCGGCGAGCCCGCGUUAUGGGUGGGUAUCUUGACGCCCCGGGAGGCCAAAAGAUCAGAAUCAAGAAACAGGAGUUCCCAUAUGACAUCGGGAUUUUCUCCAACAUAAGCCAGGCAAUGGGAACUAUCAAUAUCUUCAGCUGGUUCUGGCCUUUUGCAACAACCCCAGACCGGAAAUCUGGUUGGGAGUUCCCCAUUAAUGAUUUUGAAGCCCGUGGAGUGUCUUGGCCACCACCCGAUCCCGAUCGUAUUCCUCUCCCAGCGCCGGCACCUUCUACCUCUACUUCGCCGGGGCUCCAAACCUACGCAUCCGCUCGUGAAGAGAUUGAAGCAUUUAACCGUCGCCAGUCGGAUGAUAUGAACCGCCGUCGGCAAUUUUCAAAUGUGCAACGGCGCAGACGUUUCCACGAACGAGUACAAAAGGUCGACCAGGAUGGCAGCGAAGAUGAGGGCCAGCCUGGACCUAUCUAUGGUGAUGACUCUGAUGAUGGUGAAGAGUCAUGGCGAAACGCUGAUGGAGAGCGCCUCCGUGAUUUUGGCGUGGAUGAAGAUGUGGAGUUCUACGACGAGGACGAUAUCCCCUUGGCUGUCCUCAUGGAACAGCGGAGACGGGCUCAAACAGAAGUUCAAGCAGCGACCAAGAAAUACUUAUGCCCAGAGAUUGAGAUGUUGCCCGAGGAAUCGAGAUCUAUGGGCAUUAGAACCUGCGUUGGCCAUGGAAAGCAAGAGCGGCUUGGCAUGCUUUUUAGUGAAGCUCUAUCAAUGUUCACCAUCCAUUUCGUUAUGGAGAAAACGAACUAUUUACCUAGACAGCCUGUACUUGACAUUGAGAGGUGGCUCUCCCACGAGACAAUGGUUGACGAGAAUGACGUCACCAUCGAGGAAAGCAUUCGCCUUAAAUGUCUUACACGGGCCACUGCAACUGCGAGAGCGUUAACGUCACGCUUCCUCGGCAACCCGCCAACUCCGUUUUAUGCCACUGGUAUGGCUUUGACACCUUUUGGAAGUCGAUUAUGGACGUUCUCCGUCAACUACUUCAUCUCAGAGGAUGAUAUGACAGUGAAAGACCCUACAACUGCUUUGAAGGUGUACGAAGAUAAGAAGACUGCUAGUGGAAAUGUUAUUGGGUCCAAUAUUUACCACGAGCCCAAAGUUUCCUGGAAAGGCAUUCCUGAAGGCGACAUUGUUCGACAAGGUCUCGCCAAGGGACAGCGAGGUGUUUUCGAACAGGCGCCUAGAGCUUUGAUGACCGAAGGGGUUUAA